AUGGUCGAUAUAGAUUUUAUCUAUAAUAUUUCUCUAAAUAAGCUUCACAAUUUUCAAACAACUCGUGGCGAAAGCGACGGGUUGAGAAAAUUGGUGUUGCUUAAUAACUUUGUAUUUAAAAAGUUUGGUCCGUCGGAGCAAGAACCUUUGGAAUGGUCAGAAGAAGAUAUCAAGAAAGAUGAACAGAGCUGGCUUGACGCCUGUCUGGACGGUCUUGAUGAGGAAGAAGAAGGCUACGUUUAUGUAAAUAGACCUCUUGAAUGUCAUCAACCUUCUUCUUCAUCUACCGAGAUAGAUCGAUUCGAUGUCCCUCAAAUCUAUGAUGUCCAGCAUGGUUGUGAGAUGGAAUGUGAAGAACUCCCUCAUGAAGAACAAAUCUCUAAAGGCGAUAAUGCCAUGGAUGAUAUUAUAAUAUCUCAUGAUGAUCUCCACCUACCGUUCUUUGAUCCCGGUGGCGGGCAUGAUUCAACCACCCGGAUGGAAGAGGAAGCUCCUUUAAAAAAUACUUCAGAGAACUUGACAUGUGAAAAGGGGUUUCAUCCAUACUGGAAGGAUAAUAGCAUAAUAGCACAUCAUCCCACUUCUUUUACCAGAUCACCUCGAUUUCGACCAUAUUUAGAUUUAAGUACCCAUUCUUUCGGUAUUCCUAAAAUCUUUCAUAGGUAUCGCCUUGGUCAAUGUGACGAAAUUUCUUCACCACAACGCGCUGUUCUUGAUUUAAUACAACCUGAUUAUCUUUAUCAAUCGCCUGAAUUUUACGAAGCAUCUUUAAAAAGAUCUAAAGAUGAUUUAGAUAUUUUAUAUUCGUUAAACGCAAGAGAUUUGGAUCAAGGAGGUUUGAUGGAUAUUAUCAGCAUGUUAGAAUAUUAUGGUGGUAAAAAUCGUGAAAAGAAAUCGAAUUCAAGCGAAAAUAACGAUAUUUGGUUUGUGGACAAUAAUAGUGAUCAAUGA